AUGACUUCACCGACCGCAAACUCUGAUGAAGCCGACUUCGUCUAUGCAGUGCAUCAAGCAAGUCAUCUAAGUCCCCCGACGCCAGAUCUCAGAAACAGCGAGGCCGCAUCGAUAGAGAACUAUGGCUACAAUCCUACCCGAGAAGGCUCCAAGGAGGACCUCUUCCGAGGCCUCAACAGCUAUCGUGUGAGCGGUGUGCGCAACCAUGAGUUCAAGACUUAUCUGCUGGACGGAAAGAUUGAGAAACCUUGGACUGAGGACAAGAAAUACAAAGCGCCUCGCAAGGGCAAUUGGUAUAUCCUUGGAGGGCUUUUCCUUGCGAUAGCCGUCAGCGCUGUUGUGAACUGGAGGAUCGCGGUCGGCGUUCCCCACCACGAGUAUUGUCUAGUCUUGGACGAUUCCUUCAGCACCCUCGAUAAAUCCAUCUGGAGCCAUCAAGUCCAACUUGACGGGUUUGGUACGGGGUCCUUCGACUGGACAACAACUGAUGGCCGAAACGCCUUUACUGAUGGAGAUGGACUUCACAUUGUUCCCACCUUCACAACUGCCACAACCGAUAUUACUGAAAGCCAAUUACUCAAUGGUUAUCACCUGAACUUGGAGGACACAAAGCAUGGUGACGGUUCAUGCACCGCCCCCAAAACUGCCGAGUACUAUGCCGAUGAAUGCAGCAGGACCUCCAACAUUUCCUCCCACGCAAUCAUCAACCCCGUGAGGUCAGCACGCCUUACCACGCAAGGUGCGAAAUCGAUCCGGUAUGGUCGUGUUGAAGUCGUGGCCAAGGUGCCAAAGGGCGAUUGGCUCUGGCCGGCCAUCUGGAUGAUGCCCGAAGAUUCAGUAUACGGAAUCUGGCCGCUGAGUGGCGAGAUUGAUAUCAUGGAAAGUCGCGGCAACGCACGAGGCUACAAAAACGGCGGAAGAGAGACCGUCUCAAGCACGAUCCAUUGGGGUACCUCGUGGAAGACGGACAACUUCUGGCGAACCACACAAAAACACAAGAUCCAAAGGACAGACUAUUCCGACGGCUUCCACACCUUCGGUCUGGAGUGGUCGCAGGACUACCUUUACACGUGGGUCGACAAUCGCCUUCAGCAAGUCCUCUACGUCGACUUCACGAAAGAGGAUUUCUGGCAACGUGGCCAUUUCCAAGGCGACUACGAGAACGGCACGGAGCUCACCAAUCCCUGGUACAUUUCAGGGAACAAGAAUGCACCUUUCGAUCAAAGCUUCUACCUGAUUCUCAAUGUCGCGGUCGGGAGCCGCAAUGGCUGGUUCGCGGACGGAGUCGGUGACAAGCCAUGGGUUGACGGAAGAGACUCUGCAGCCUCGGACUUUUACGGCGCCAGGUCGGAGUGGGAACCGAGCUGGGGAGCGGGCAGCGAACGCGGUCUGACGAUCAAGAAUGUCAAAAUGUGGCAGCAAGGUCAAUGUAGCACAUAG